CUGUAGCCAAGAUCUUGCUUCCCAAUGAGGCAUCAUUGAAAAAGAAGAAGAAGAAGAAGAAGAAGAAGAAGAAGAAGAAGAAGAAGAAGAAGAAGCAUUUGUUAAACACCUCAAAUUGUAGGCACUAUCAGGUUAAUGGGAACAAAUCUUGCCUGCAGCUUAACAAUUGGAAACACACAACCUCAUUAUCCUGGAUCUCUGGCAGCAGCAUCCACAGGAAGGCCUUAAGAGGUGCUCCUAAGACUCCCCCACCCAGCCAGUUUGUUCUGUUAUCAGACAAGCGCCAUCAAGGCACACUGAUCAUAGCUUAA